CUAGCCACGGAGGCAUCAGUAGGGUAUGGGCUGCGCUCUGACCCUCACUUGCUGCCCUCACCGUCCUCAGUUGGGUUCGGGCUCUGGUCUGACCCUCAUCUCAAGCAACUGCUAGGACCUCACCGGCGCCAGUCGGCCCUACAGAGCCGGCACUUCUCUCAGGCCGGCCAUGGGGCUGCUCUCACGGCCGAUCUUGGCCGCCCUCUUGCUGCUCUGGGCACGGACGGCGCACGGCAGAGCUGAGCCCCAACCUGAUCCUAAACCCCAGGACUACAGCACAGACAACUACGAUGAAGAGAAUGGCGCGUAUGACUAUGAGCCGUACGAAGAAUAUCCGUAUGAAAAUUAUGUAGAUUAUAAUGAAGGGACCGAAACGGAUACCGAUCCGGUCGAAACGGAUACAAACGGUUUCGACCCUUAUGGUGCCUAUGAUCCGUACGUAGUGGAUACACCAGGGUUUGAUUCAGCGGCAACGGAAGCCCCAAGGUAUGACCCGUACGCAACAGAGGCUCCAAGGUACGACCCGUACGCAACGGAAGCUCCAAGGUACGACCCGUAUGCAACGGAAGCUCCAAGGUACGACCCGUACGCAACGGAAGCUCCAAGGUACGACCCGUACGCAACGGAAGCUCCAAGGUACGACCCGUACGCAACUCCAGCUCCUUAUGACCCGUACGGUCGUGAUCGAUACGAUCCGUACGACCCGUAUGACAGACGUACAGAACCUGACACAACAACAGAACCACCAACUACUACGCCUACCACCUCUACUACUACAACCACUACUACCACAACAACCACUCCGAGACCUCGUCGUCGACCAGACCGAGAGCGGAAUGGUCGGAGAAGAAAUGGACGUCGAAGAGAACAAGGGGGUGUUAAAAGAGAACGUGAAGAGGGCCCCGACACUGUAGUAUCUGCAGUUGGCCCCGACGGCGAAUAUGGAACCACUGGACUUCCCGGUCAAGCCGGUUCACCCGGAGACGCUGGAGAACCGGGUGCACCGGGAACCCCUGGAACCCCUGGAAGUCCCGGACCACCUGGACCCAUGCCAGAUAUCGCACCUUGGUUGUCGCAAUUGUCCCAGUCCCAAGGAGGAGAAAAGGGACCACAACCUGACCCGUUCAGCUACUUGCAGGCCCAAGUGGGCCCCAUGGGACAGCGAGGCCCUGUUGGUCCUUCUGGUCCCGCUGGGCCCCAGGGUUUCCAGGGCAUCAGAGGCGAGCCUGGCGAGCACGGGCCAGUGGGUCCACCUGGGCCACCUGGGCCACGAGGCAUGCCGGGGCUCAGUGGCAAAGAUGGAGAAAAUGGCGACGAUGGAGCACCGGGUCCCCCUGGGGUCCAGGGCCCCCCUGGGCCACGAGGCCUGCCUGGCAUGCCGGGUCUGCCUGGGGCCAAAGGGCACCGCGGCUUCCCAGGCUUGGACGGGUCUAAGGGCGAGAUGGGGGCUACUGGAAGCAAGGGCUCCGCUGGACCCGGCGGCCCUACUGGACCCGUGGGCGCCAUGGGCCCAGCUGGGCCUCGUGGAGAAAGAGGCCGUGAGGGACCGCCUGGGCCACCUGGAUUGCGAGGCAUUGAUGGCAUUGCUGGGCCUCCGGGCCCCUCUGGAGGACCAGGCAAACCGGGCCCACCGGGCUUCCCUGGGUCAGCUGGGGCCAAGGGCGACCAGGGCGUGCAGGGCCACAAGGGCUCCGUGGGUCUCCAGGGCCCAAGAGGCGAGUCAGGCAAGCCAGGUUCGCCAGGCGAACAAGGCCCUCGAGGCAUCCCAGGCAAGGAUGGCCUCAACGGAGAAAAAGGCGCCCCAGGAAACCAAGGCGACCCUGGCCCCCCUGGCUUCCCUGGGGCGCGUGGCCCCCCUGGACUCUCUGGGAGCCCGGGCGUCGCGGGGGCAAAAGGCGCGAGAGGUUUGAAUGGGGAACGCGGCUUCAAAGGAGACCUCGGCAUGAAAGGUGAAGCCGGGGCUGCGGGUCCCCGCGGUCUGCCCGGACCCGCGGGCUCCCCCGGAAAGCGCGGGAAGCGGGGCAUGGCGGGGCCUCCCGGGGGCAUCGGGCCCCAAGGGGAGCGUGGGCCUCCUGGAGGUCGUGGCCUACCUGGUGCAGAUGGACCACCGGGACCGAAGGGCGGCUCAGGAGACCCAGGCGUCCCUGGACCCGUGGGUCCCAAAGGGCGUGAUGGAGAUCCCGGAGCACCAGGUCUCCCCGGGGCCCAAGGCCAACGUGGCCCUACAGGAAUUUCGGGCCCACCCGGCAAGACAGGACGGCCAGGAGAUCGAGGCCUCCCAGGGGCUGACGGCAAGCCCGGGGACCAAGGGCCUCAAGGCAUCCAAGGCCUUCCAGGCCCAAUGGGACCACCAGGGGCCCGAGGACUUAUUGGUGAGCCCGGAAAAGACGGAUCUCCCGGAGACCACGGACCACCCGGACCUCGAGGCGACGCUGGAAAAGAAGGUUCACAAGGCCCAAUUGGCCCUCCUGGCCCUACUGGGUCACCAGGUGAAAGAGGAGCACCGGGACCACCUGGAUCGAGAGGCUUCCAAGGGUUGCCUGGAACUCCUGGAAACACCGGAGCUGCUGGAAAGGACGGAGAACCUGGACUACAAGGAGCUAUUGGUCUUCCUGGGGCCGCAGGAAUGAGGGGUGCACGUGGCUUCCCUGGAGAACGAGGGGCCCAAGGGCCACCUGGAGCAGCUGGAGCUCGAGGAGAAUCUGGAAUGCCGGGACCCGAUGGCCCACCUGGUCUUGUCGGCAGCCCUGGACAGAAGGGACACGCUGGAGCACCUGGUUUGGUGGGUCUUCCUGGGACUCGUGGUCUCCCAGGAUUGCCUGGAGAGAAAGGAGAGCGUGGGGCCCUUGGACUGGUAGGCCCCGAAGGCCCACCUGGAAGGGAAGGCAAACAAGGACCUCAAGGUAUCAUGGGCCCCAGAGGUCCUCCUGGAGAGCCUGCAGACAAGGGAGAUCCUGGCCCUCCUGGACCACCUGGAGAACCCGGAGCCAAUGGCAUGAUUGGUGAGCGCGGUCAGCAGGGCCCUCAGGGUCUUCAAGGCUUCCCUGGCCCAGUCGGACCCGGUGGUCCUCCGGGUCCCAAAGGUCAACGAGGUCUUCCUGGUAGCAAGGGAAUGCAAGGCAACCCUGGCGCGGUGGGACUUCCUGGAAGCCAGGGACCUCAAGGUCUUGCUGGCCUUACUGGAGCUAAAGGCCAACGUGGCCUCUCUGGUGAGAGAGGUGAACCUGGCCUCAUGGGCCCACCUGGACGACCUGGAAAAGAUGGCCUCCCUGGCGCUCCUGGCAAUACUGGACUACCUGGAGUUCCUGGAAACCCCGGCAUUAAGGGCGCGUCUGGAGAUACUGGACGUCCUGGAUUGCCUGGCCCAUCAGGACAGCCUGGAGCACCUGGACCCGAAGGAAUUAAGGGCGAAGCUGGACCUGAAGGUAGAGUUGGGCCCCUUGGUCAACCGGGUCCUGCUGGAGCUGCUGGAGAGCGGGGACUGCCAGGUCUGCCUGGAAACCAAGGCCCACCUGGACUUAGAGGACCUCAAGGAGCACCCGGUGAACAAGGCACAGAAGGCAAACGCGGUGCAGAAGGCCCCCCAGGACCUACUGGGAUGCCUGGGCCCAUCGGUCCAGUUGGCCCCGUGGGCGAGACCGGGUCCCCUGGAGCAGACGGCAAGCCUGGCCCGCCUGGACUGUCUGGACGAACUGGUGACAAGGGGCCUCAGGGAGCACCUGGACGGCAGGGAGGAGCUGGACCUCCUGGACUGCCUGGGCCUCCUGGUUCCGCCGGUCCCAUUGGCCCCACUGGAGAGAGAGGGGAGCGCGGUGAGAGUGGCCCUCAGGGAGUCGAAGGCCCUCCCGGAGUUCGAGGUAAACCUGGUGCCCCUGGCCCUCAAGGAGACAAGGGCGACACCGGAAGUGCCGGACCCAAGGGUUCCAAAGGCCACAACGGGCUUAUUGGUUUGCAAGGUUUGCCCGGUCCAAUUGGUCAACCUGGAGAAAAAGGCCCACCAGGUUCCGUGGGUCCUGCUGGUCCACCCGGAGAGCCUGGCCAGAAGGGUCCGCCAGGUAGAGAUGGAGGUAUCGGACUCCAAGGUAUCAUGGGACCACCUGGACCGCGAGGUCCCAGUGGAGAGGAAGGUAAAAGUGGACCACCUGGUGCACCAGGUCCUGCUGGGCCCCCUGGUCCACCUGGAGAGUCUAUGGGUUAUGACGCGGCAGCUUUGGCGGCUCUUCUUGGACAAGGCCAGACGAAGGGACCUGAUCCUCUGCAAGGCGAUGACUCGACACUUCCUGCGCGAAUCUUAGGCCGGGAAAUAAGCGAGGAUGAAAGGAGAGAACUUAUCGUAAAGGCCUACGAGCAACUCAAGACUUCGUUCAAGAAAUAUCUUAAGCCUACCGGAUCCAAAGAAGCUCCUGCCAAAACGUGCAAGGAUUUGAACUUCGCUCAUCCUGAACUACCAAGCGGCGAGUACUGGGUUGAUCCCAACGAAGGAAGUGUCAACGACGCGAUUGUGGUUCACUGCGACAUGGACCAACGGUCGACAUGCGUUCUUCCGCAGCCCGGCAUGACUCAAGAGUUUAACUGGCAAGGAGACCCACAGGGCAUCGUCUGGUUAGGCGACACCAUCCAGCCUGACCAAGAGUUUACCUACAAGGUGGACAGCAACCAAAUGGCGUUCCUCCAGCUUCUCUCAUCCAAGGCGAGUCAGAAGUUGACGUAUCACUGCAAGAACUCCGUCGCGGUCUUCGACGCCAACAACAGAAACUUCAGGAACUCUUUGAGGAUCAUGACGUCUUCUGACCUCGAGCUCAAUGCUCGUGGUAACAAGAAAGUCCGCUAUUCUGUGCUCGAGGAUGGAUGCAAGACGCGGUCCAAUAACUGGUCUUCGACGACGGUUAUAUACGAGACCGACAGGCCGCAGCGCUUGCCGUUUGUGGACAUCGGCAUGAGGGACAUCGGGCAGCGCAACCAGUUCUUCAAAGUGGAAAUCGGACCGGUCUGCUUCAUUUAGGCCCGAUCCUUCUCAUUGCACAACGAUGUUAUAAAUUUAACAAAUUAUGGGACUUCAAUGCCAAAAUUUAGUGCUACCACAACUAUGAACUCGCAAAAAAAAACUUGAAUUUACUUGAAAUAUUUUACAUAACAAAUCAUAUAGCGUAAAAAAUGAAAAGCAAAUACUAAUAAUCAUCACGAAUAAGGCGCUUUAAUUAGAGAUAACAACCGUGAGAGCGUAAUUGGUGCAUAACACUAUUACAAAAAUAAAUUACACAACUACAUUUAUGAAGUCGAGCAAUAGUUUUGCCACUGUUUUGGCAUCUAUAGAUUAAUAUAAAGCUAACAAAACUGCCAUUUUAAAUUAGCAUAAUUCUCGAAGCUUUCUUUUAUUUCAAUGUUUACUUCAGUUAUUUGCCGAAUGGGAGUUAAUUUGGCAUUUGCAACGGACUUGUAUAAACAACAUUUUUUCUAGCAUUAAGGAAUAUCGCCCUCCUCCCUUUCUUUUUAUUUCUGAAUCUAUUUCUAUUCUUGGACCUUCUAAGUCCAAGCUAGUUGCUGUGACUCAGUUGAUGUUGUUUAAAAAGACCCAAUUUAAUAAGAAAUUAACUUUUCUUAUUUUAAUUGUGGCAAGCGAUGUACAAUACGUCAUGUGAUUGUGUAUGUGUGAGCGAAUGUGUGUGACUUCGAGCAAACUGUGUACAUUUUGUAUAGAUUCUAGUUUAAGGAACGAUCGAAUGGGAUCGAAUCGACUUUUUGUACUUGG